AUGGCGGAGGAGGAACUUUCGAACUACCGAGACGCCGGCGACGACCUUGGUCAGGGCUGCAUGCUGCUCUCGAUGGCGGAAGCCGCCUGUGCCUACCGGGGAAGCUCCAAGCGCGACGAGGCCAUAGCUUUGCUUCCCUUAGACCUUAGGUGGGUAGAAUGUGCGGUCUUCAAAGCACUUGAGAACGCCGAAGAAGCGCUGGCGAUUUUCCGCGAGGUCAAGGAUCCCAAGUACGAAGGUCUCGCAGCGCUCAGUGUCGCAGAGGUGUACUUCCGUAAGCGGAACUUCCACGCGGCGCGAAGGGCUGCAGCUGAGGCCACCGAGAUCUUUAAGGGCAUCGAUGACAAGCUCUGCCAGGCCAUGUCUCUACACAUGGGCGCGGCCACCGAAGCAAGGGCAGGUGUCUUAGAGAUGGCCAUCCGACUUGGCCGAAAGUCGUUGAAGAUCUUGCAAGAAAGCGGCUCCAAGAAGCAGCAGAUGGCGAGUCUGCUCGCUCUGGGCCAGUUCUACCUCAUGCGGGAGGACGCCCGGCUUUCACUCUCCAUGGGUGAGGCCGCGAUGGCACUCCUUCAGGAGCUAGAUGACGCAAUCUCCUGGGAGGGCGUCGCCAUCGGCUUCCUCGUAGAAGCGUACAUCCUCAACAACCAGUCCGAAAAGGCCGUGCAGCUCUGCAAGGAUGCCUUGGAGCGCGCGCGGCCGCGAACGGAUCAGAAGAGGGAGACCGUCUACCUCCUGCACCAUCUGAUCCAUGCUUUGUCCGUCUACGGCGACAUUGACCAAGUACUCGAGGUCUCAGACGAAGCCCUGGCAUUAUCUACAGAGGUUGGCUGCAUGCGCUUGAAAGCGCACGUCUACGAAGAGCUUAGCCACGCUCAUCUGCUGGCAGAGCAGAACAACGACGCGCUCUAUGCCGCGAAGGAAGCAGUGGGCCUGCUCAAAGAUCUGGGCGCGGACCACGAUGAGAUCACCACGCGACUCCAGGUCCUCACGAAAGUCUUGAUCAUCCAGGAUAACUACCAGGAGGCCCACAACCAGAUCGAGAUGGCCAAGGACAUAGCGCAGAAAAUCGAAGAGAAGCCUUUGGAGGCUUUCUGUCUCUCCAUCCAGUCCCGUGUGCAGGCCCUCCUCGGCGAUCCCGAGGGUGGCGUCAAGGCGGCGGACCUGGCCAUCGACAUGUUCAAGGAGGAUGGUGACAGGAGAGGUGAAUGCCGUGUGUGGGAGGGCCUCUCAGAGAUUCACAUGACCGCAAAUGACUUCUCUUCCGCGCUGCGAGCUGCAAAGCGAGCAGAGACUCUCUGCGCGGACGUGGGAGACACACGCUUGAUGGCAAGGAUGAAGCACACGACGUCGAUGGUGCAUAUGUCGGCUGACGCUCAUGAUGAGGCGAAAGCUGCCAUUACCGAAGCGAUCAAGCUCUCACGGGCAGAUGAUGACAUGAGAGGGACGGUGAAGUACAUCUUCCUGGCCAUGGACAUCUGGGUAACGUCGCUGACAGCGAUGGACCCAGAGGACAAGAGCAAGGUCCGCAUCUACAGGCAGGGCUGUGAGAAAGCGAUGCGGCUGGCGAAAGAAGGCGUCAAGUUGAGCAUCCGUCUGGAGGAUCGAUAUGCAGAGUGCAUGGCCAACUACUGGGUUGGAACCAUGCAUAUCAUGAUGGGUCGUCCAAAGGAAGCUCGCGUCAACGCCGACGUGUCGCUUGAGAUUGCGAAAUCCAAGCGGGAUAUGCUCAGCGAGAUGUAUGCCCGCGGGCUUCUGGUGCAGAUCUGCCUGCAAGAGAAGGACGUCAAGAGUGCCAAAGAGAAUCUUAAAGACGUGCAGGCCCUUCAGACCUCGAUGGAGCCCUCAAAAAGUUUCAAAGUCAUGGGCUUCCAGGGCCUGGCGGAAGAGCUUGGCGAUCCGCAAGCCAAAGCCAUGGCCGAUCAGCUCAAGGAGCUGGUGCUGGGCUCGGGCGUGCAGGAAGCUGCACCGCAGGCUGCAGCGAUGGCUGCCCCGACACAGGACUUUGCCGGUGUCUCUUCGGCAGCCACCUCUGAAGACUUGGCCUACAUUGCACCAGAUCCACUCACCAUCAAGACUCACAUCAUCGCGAUGGUGAAGAACAUGGUCGGCGGCGGUGACGAGGUUGAUGGUGACACGCCACUCAUGGAGUCCGGUGUGGACAGCCUGGCGAGCGUGGAGCUGCGAACACAGCUGCAAGGGGAGUUCAAGGUCAACUUGCCUUCGACAGUCAUGUUCAACUAUCCCACCAUUGAGGGCUUGACUGGGCUCCUUGUCGACGAGUGCACGCAGAAGAAGAUCACCUGGACUGGUUGA